CCUUUGGUUCACCACCAAAUAGACACCUCAUCAACAAAGCUUUGCUCCCUCUUUCUUUAAGAAACGUACAACAAACACCAAACUGUGAGAGAUUUGAGGAAAUUGUGAGACAAUCGUCCCUCUCACACUUGCAAACUUGCAAAUACCCAAAUUUUCUAACUUUUUUCUUUUCACUUUCCAUUUAAUCCCAUUUAACAAACCCCAACAAAAUUCCUAUAUUUCCUCCCAAAUCAAACAAAAUAAAUCCUUCAAAUUAUCAACAAAAAAAAAUCAUUUGGAUUUGGAUCAUCAUCUUCUAAUUACACGAUAAAAAGUUGACGACUUUGAAGCUUUUCUUCAAGCUAUCAUCAUCCAAUUUUUAAAAAGAAGUUUGGUUGCUGAUAAUUGAAAAGCUAAGGGCACUGCAAAGAAAUUAAGCAGUGCCCAACAUGGAUGCCACGACGAGUGGGACUGAAACAAUUCAAUUCUGUAACAUCCCUGAACAACCAAUUGCUGCCACACUCAUCACUUCGCCUAGAUUACCGGCAUUCCUACGACAAGUUAGGCAUUGCUUCGGGGACCAAGUCCCCGGUGAAUUCCCCUUGGCAGCUAACCCGUCCAUUGUUCUUCAUGUUCUUACUGCUUGCAACUUAGACCCUCAAGACCUCGCGAAAUUAGAGGCCACUUGUUCAUUCUUUAGGCACCCGGCAAACUUUGCCCCUGAUUAUGAUUUAUCCAUAGCUGAGCUUGCCGCUCUAGAUAUGUGUCAAAAGAGGGCCAUAUUUAAACCAAUGACCCCCGAACAAAAGGAGGAUUUAAAGCAAAUGUGUGGUGGAUCAUGGAAACUAGUACUUAGGUAUUUAUUAGCUGGUGAAGCUUGCUGUAGGAGAGAAAAAUCUCAAGCAAUAGCUGGUCCGGGACACAGCGUAGCUGUGACUUCAAGUGGAGCUGUUUACUCCUUUGGCUCUAAUAGUUCAGGACAACUUGGCCAUGGGCUAACACCCGAAGGGACCACGGCUGAUGAGUAUCGCCCUCGUUUGAUAAGGUCCAUGCAGGGAAUUCGGAUCAUCCAAGCUACUGCCGGGGCGGGUAGAACAAUGUUAAUCAGUGAUACAGGAAAAGUAUAUGCCUUUGGAAAAGAUUCAUUCGGGGAAGCCGAAUAUGGAGUUCAAGGCACUAGAAUAGUAAAUACACCACAACUUGUUGAGUCAUUGAAGGAUAUAUUUGUAGUACAAGCUGCUAUUGGAAAUUUCUUUACUGCUGUUUUGUCUAGAGAAGGAAGGGUGUAUACUUUUUCGUGGGGAAGUGAUGCGAAACUUGGUCACCAAACAGAUACUAAUGAUUUGCAACCGUACCCUUUAUUAGGUGCACUUGAGAAUAUACCAGUUGUGCAGAUUGCAGCUGGAUAUUGCUACCUUCUCGCUCUUGCUUGUCAGCCUAGUGGCAUGUCUGUGUAUUCAGUUGGGUGUGGUUUGGGAGGAAAGCUCGGGCAUGGUUCAAGAACAGAUGAAAAGUACCCUCGAUUGAUCGAACAAUUCCAAGCAUUUAAUAUUCAACCCGUGGUUGUGGCUGCUGGUGCUUGGCACGCGGCUGUUGUUGGUAAGGAUGGAAGGGUAUGCACGUGGGGUUGGGGACGUUAUGGAUGUUUAGGACACGGGAAUGAAGAUUGUGAAUCUGCUCCUAAGGUUGUUGAAGGCUUGAGUGGUGUUAAGGCUAUUCAUGUUGCCACGGGCGAUUACACAACUUUCGUGGUUUCUGAUAAAGGCGAUGUUUAUUCCUUUGGUUGUGGUGAAUCUUCUAGCCUUGGACACUAUGAUGGGACUGAAGCACAGGGGAAUAGGCACACUAAUGUACUUCAACCAGAGCUAGUAUCAUCCCUGAAGCAAGUGAAUGAACGAGUAGUGCAGAUAAGCUUGACAAAUUCAAUAUUCUGGAAUGCCCACACUUUCGCGCUCACUGAAUCUGGAAAACUCUUUGCUUUCGGUGCUGGUGAUAAAGGACAGUUAGGUGCGAAGCUUGAAGAUAAUCUGAUUGAAAGGGGAAGUCCAGAACCAGUUGAAAUUGACCUCAGUAGUUAAUUAGCCGCUCACUAAUCUUAUAUUAUCAGUUUCUUUCUCCCUUUAUUUGCAAAUGUUCAUAUAGCACCACCAUCAUCAUCGAAAACUGCAUAUGGUAAUCUUAGUGUGUAGAGUUCAGCAACCACUUUUCUGUACAUAGAAAAAACUUAUGUAGGGUUUGGGAUCGAGAACCAAAAACUCGGUUGUUGCUUAAAGCGUUAGAAGUUUAUUUAUUUGAAAUAGUUUCGUAACAGAUUAUUUUUAGCA